UGGCGGCGCGCGGGCGGGCGCGGCGGCGCUGUUGAAUGGGGAAAGCUUUAUUGUUCCCCCCCGGGCGGACUGUCCGUGUGCUCCACGGCGCUGUCAAUAAAGAACCACAGUUUGAAUCGGCGCGGAGAAGUUGCUCCGGAUCCUGCAGACGAGGAAUUUUCAGGGAGCGAGUCGGAAUUCCCGGCCACCCCGCUAGAGCAAUGGAGCUUCCCAACUACAGCAGGCAGCUGCUGCAGCAGCUGUACACUCUCUGCAAAGAGCAGCACUUCUGUGACUGCACCAUCUUGAUCGGGACAAUUCACUUCAGGGCCCAUAAACUGGUGCUGGCCGCUGCUAGCCUGCUGUUCAAAUCCCUGCUGGACGCCACAGACACCAUCUCCAUCGACGCUUCCGUGGUGGCCCCUGAAGAGUUCGCCCUCCUGCUCGAAAUGAUGUACACGGGCAAGCUGCCCGUGGGCAAGCACAACUUCUCCAAGGUCAUCUCCGUGGCCGACAGCCUGCAGAUGUUCGACGUGGCCGUCAGCUGCAAGGCCCUGCUCGCCAGCCUCGUGAGCUGCUCCGCUCAGGGUCAGGCCGGGAGGUACGCGUCCCCUCGAGCGGGCGAGCCCCCCGGAGGGGAAGCCGGGACCCCCGAGGAGGAAAACGGAGCUCACGAGGACCCGAAGGAGUCGCGCCUUUCAGAAGAGGCUUCCGCCCCUCCCGCGCCUGGGACGCGCGACGCCGAGUGGACCCUCGGGGCUGCGGUUGGAGAGGUGGCCGCGGACCCCUCGCCGGCCCGGGAGGAGGUCCCGGAGGAAGAGACCCAGAGAGUCGCCGACUCUCCGGGAGGGACUCCGGGCGCCUUGGAAGCGCACCCCUCUUCCCCGCCGGGCCCGGACGAGCCAGCGGACGCGUGCACGUCUUUAGAAAAGGAGGAGAGAGUUUCCCAGCCAGAGAAUGAGAGCAAAGAGGGUAAAGUGGAUUUCCUUCUUCAGCAUGAAAGGCUCUUCUCAGAGGUCCUGGCUAUCUCUCAGGAUGUGUUGAAAAGACUAGAUGAGUGUAGGACAAUCGAAAAUCCACAGAAGGAGACCUUAUUAGAGUGCUUUGGAGCUGAAGAUGGACAUUUAGUAUUCAAGAAAAUCCUCAAUAAAGUGACAGAUGAGGAGAGCCUGAAUGUUCAGACUGUUUUGUCUUUGCUGGAGCUAUUCCAAGAUACUCAUCCGGAAAUAGGAGCAGCACUAAGGGAAAGAGAACCGGAAAACAGAGAAACCGGGAGCCCAAGAGGGAGCCUAGGGGAAGGAAAGACCUUGUCGGUUCUGUUACUGGAACACAAAGAGGACUUGAUACAGAUUGUAGCACAAUUGAGACCCAUCGUGGAGUUCCUGGAAACAGCAGAGGAGGAAUUCAUGAACAGCAUAGAGAAAAGGGAGAUUCUGAACUGCUGUGAGGGCGGAACAGCCAAGGAAGCUGUGGAGAAUCUGCUGCAAAGAGUGACCGAAGAGAAGACAGUGUCUGCUGAGAGUUUGCUGAAACUCCUUCGGGCCGUGAAGACGUCAUUUCCUCCCCUCGGACUUCUGCUGGACAGUUUGCAGAGGCAAGGUAGCCCGCCGAGCGACACGGUUCGGCCGAGCCUCGGCGAUUAUGGGACCGACCUACUGAGGCGUUACCUUGAAAACCUCUCCGAAAUCUUCACGGACAAUCAGGUGUUACUAAAGGCCAUCUCAGCCGCACCGAGUUUAGCUCCUGGAGAGAGGGAGGUUAUGGACCGGCUGGUAAGAAACGUUGCUGGCUCGGGCGGCUUCAGCUCCCUGGUCUCGGCAGUGCUAGAAGAUCACACGCUCUCAGGGGCUGCCAUUUGGCAGUUGUUGCAGGCAACUGAAGAGGCAGGGUUUCCCCUGAACCUGCUCAUGGAGGAAAUCCGGAAGGAGCCCGGGGCGGACUUCUUCUUCCAAGCCGUGGCCACCCGGGAAAGUAUGGCCCUAGCCAUCAUCCUGCGGCACGGAAAUCUGAUCAGAGAGGCCUUUGAGCAGAGGGCUGUCCUUGAGGGCCUGGUGGCAGAAGAGGAGAGCCUGGCCGACGCCGUCCGAGAACUUCUGAGUAUUCCCAGUGAGGGAGGCAGUGUUGAAGUCUCUCUAAAAGCAGCUUUGAGCCGAGCCCUGCAGAAGUCCGUUCCUGCCAUCAAGAUCUGCCAACUUUUAUACAGUGUUUCCGAGUCCUUCCCAGGUCUGCAGCCCGUCAUUCAAGAGUUAGAGCACUUGGGUCUCCUUCCCGAGGAAACUGAGGAGAAGACGGCUGGUCUCCCAAGGCGGAAGACGUCCGCCGAAUCUCCGAGUGAAACAGUGGCCAGAGAGGAGGAGCUUAGGUCGGAAUCGACGAGAGACAACCCGGAUGGAGAAGGAAGCAACGGAGAGAAGACCGGCUCCCCGGAGGCCGUGCCAGAGAAAAUCCCCGGCUCCUCCCCAUCCUCCUCCAAGAAGAGCUUCGUCUGCCAAGCCUGUAAUAAGAGCUUCCAUUUUUACUGCCGUCUGAAAGUUCAUGCCAAGCGGUGCCGAGUGGCCAAGGGGAAGCAGAUUCAAUGCAAGGAAUGCAAUGAGACCAAGACCUCCAAGAAGGAGUUAGAAAUGCAUCAGCAGGAGGCCCACGGUGGCACCGGAACGGCAGCGGGGCCCAAAAGGAAGAAGAAGAGGCUCCCGGUGACGUGUGACAUCUGCGGAAGAGAAUUCGCUCACGCUUCAGGAAUGCAGUACCACAAACUGACAGAGCAUUUCGAUGAGAAGCCUUUCUCCUGCGGAGAAUGUGGAGCCAAGUUUGCGGCCAAUUCCACCCUGAAGAACCACCUCCGCCUUCACACCGGGGACCGCCCUUUCAUGUGCAAGCACUGCCUCAUGACGUUCACCCAAGCCUCCGCGCUAGCCUAUCACACCAAGAAGAAACAUUCCGAAGGGAAGAUGUACGCCUGCCAGUACUGCGAUGCUGUGUUCGCCCAGUCGAUAGAGCUGUCUCGUCACGUGAGGACUCACACCGGAGACAAGCCGUACGUCUGCCGGGACUGCGGGAAAGGAUUCAGACAGGCCAACGGCCUCUCCAUCCACCUGCGCACCUUUCACAACAUAGAAGAUCCCUACGACUGCAAGAAAUGCCGGAUGAGUUUUCCCACCCUGCAGGAGCACCGAAAACACAUCCACGAGGUCCACUCCCGGGAGUAUCACCCCUGCCCCAGCUGUGGAAAGAUCUUCAGUGCUCCGUCGCUCCUCGAGCGCCACAUGGUCACCCAUGUGGGAGGGAAGCCUUUCAGUUGUGAGAUCUGUGACAAAGCCUAUCAGCAAUUGUCUGGUUUGUGGUAUCAUAAUCGGACCCAUCACCCCGACGUGUUUGCUGCUCAGAAUCAUCGCUCCUCCAAAUUCUCCUCGCUGCAGUGCGGUUCCUGUGACAGAACAUUUUCCAGCACCUCAGCCCACAAGAAACACGUCAAAACGGAGCACGCAGAUGUGCAGUUCCACGAAUGUGACAAGUGUAAGGAGCUCUUCCCCUCGCUGGCUUUGCUGCAGGUCCACGUCAAGUGUCGACAUUCAGGAUCUCAGCCGUUUCAGUGCCUGUACUGUGCCGCCUCUUUCCGCUUCCCUGGCGCUCUGCAGCACCACGUGACGACAGAACACUUCAAGCAGACAGAGAACACCUUCAGCUGCGAGGUGUGCGGGGAACUUUUCACCUCCCAGGCCCAACUGGAGAGUCACUUUGGGUGCGAGCACCCCAAGAGGGCCGUCACAGAAGCCCAAGCGGUAGCUCCCGAAAUGGUGCAGGUGAUCCAGACCCCGGAUGAAGAAGCGUCGGUGGAGCAGCAGGUGAUCACCUUGGACGAGAGCCAGCUAGCCGGGUCCCAAGUGUUUGUGACCUUGCCGGAUGCCCAGGGGAGCCAGACGACCUCCGAGCUGGUGGCGGUGACGAUGGCGGACUUGUUGGACGGCACGGUGACCCUGAUCUGCGGGGAGGCCAAGUGACGCGGGGUGCCCGAGACGUCCCGAGAAACAGUCCCCCUGGGGUAUUAUUCGUUGCACCUCCACAUUCUCCCCUCCUCCCCCCGCAACGCUAGCGGCAGGUCAGCGGGAUUAACUUCUUUCUCUUAGCCGUCCCCAAGACAGACAACACUUCAGAAGAGAACAAAGCACCGAACGCCCUUCUGGAGCUGAAAAGCCGCCGUCGGCAGGCCUGACUGACCCCGGUGCCCUUUCUGGCCUGGCUGCUUCUUCCCCACAGGCCUGCUGCUCUGGCAUCUGUGACUCUCUUCCAGCCCAGAAUGAAACAGAGCAUCCCCAAACCCUGCCUAAUGAGGAGUGGGGAAGGAAACUGGUGACCAAGGCAACCGAAGAGAUUCGAUUUUGAAGACCUGAAUUUGAGGGGGAAGGAUGCGUGGGGGAGGUGAAGAGGGUGGGGGCACCACGGAGGUGGAAUGAAAAGGAAGGGGAACUGGAGCCAGGAGAGAGCAAGAGAUACACGGAAGGCUAAGGUUGAAAAAUCUAGAGGAAAAGGGAGAACAGCGCUUUAAAAAAAGAUGAUCUAAGUAAGAGCGUAGUGGGAAAUGGUGGCCAGACUCAAAGAGGCGGUAUCCUGGCAGAAAAAGAAAAUUUUGGUUGGUUUCUUGCUGAGACAUAAGGCUUUGGGGGGGUGUUUAAAUCCCGCUGGUUCUUUUUCAUUUUAUUUUCCCUCAAGACGCUUCCUCCAGCCCCUUCUCGGCAGGGCUUAGCAUCUUAGAGCCAUUAGAUUUAAGGACUAGGGAAAUAAAUAUGGGAGCCUGGCA